AAUCUCCAACCUGGCCACGGUCCUCCUCGAAGACCAUGAAGCUGUUCACAAAACUGCUUAGCACUCCCAAAUUCUCACCCGGUCAGGUUAUCACGCUGAGUCGAACCUUCCGCCAGGAGGAUUUGGUCCGCUUCGCGGAGUUCACCGGCGACCCCAACCCGAUCCAUCGCAGUGCGGAGAGCUUCGUGAACGGUGCGCUGCUGAACGCGACCACGGCCGGCAUCAUUGGGACGCACUUUCCCGGGUACGUGGUCACGUGGCAGGAGUUUCGCUUCCCGAACCGGUGCCGCUGCGACGAGGAAGUGCGGUUCGACGUGAGGGUUGAAGAGUUGAGGAAAAUCGUCCGGCUGUCGUACGAGUGCAGCCAGGGCGGUCGUACGGUUUUCGCUGGCGCGGCAAAGCUGUUUGGGGUGGCCGCCAAAGGGUAGAGAAGGAAACCUUCAGAAGGUCCACUAAUGGAUAAUAUACCCUAUUUCAUCAACCUUCUUGCAAAACGCCUCAACUUGCUGAAAGAGAAAUGCUUUCGGUAGCAUUUUUUGCGCCGAAGAAUAAAACCUCUCAGCUCGU